AUGUUCAAACGUGCGUUUCCGUCUUCCGACGCUAUGGCCACCAACCAGGCGGCGGCCGGAUACAUCCCGACGCCACCUCCGCCUGCCGGAUACAUCCCGACGCCACCGCCGCCAGCCGGAUACGUCCCGACGCCGCCUGCUGGAUACGUCCCGACGCCGCCAGCCGGAUACGUCCCAACGAUGCCGACCGGAUACAUCCCGACCCCGCCGCCGGUUGGAUCCAUCGCAACGCCGCCCACCAACGUCCCGUUCUCACUGCAGCAGUUUGGCCACCAACAGCCGCCCGGCUUCACAGCUUUUACGCCAGACUACCAACAUUUCCCGUACACAUUCUCGUCGAUCACGCCACCAGCGUACAGCUGGGCCAACACCAACAGCACCCACGUCAUGAAGUUCACAGGAUCAAGUAAUCCACUGCCUUUGGAUACAUCCACAUACCAUCCCAAUAAUUUUGGGUCCGUGCCGAAACGCAAAAUCGAUUUGGACUCCGAACUUACACAGCCACCCAAAAUGCGCAUCACUGAAGAAAAAGUAUCCGCAAGUUUACGGGACAUGCAUAUCAGCAGUGAAUUCAAGCCUCAUAAUUACUGCGUUAGCAGUGCCAUCAGUGAAAUGGAUACCGUGGAGAAUCCUAGUCUCAUGGAGACUGCCAACAUUCCUGAAACUGCCAAAACAGAUUCUCAGACUACAUUAGUCAUGUGUGAAGAAUUGCGUAAACUUCACAAAAUCGAUUCUAUCAUACCUCAACCACUACUCACUAAAGUAGAAAGACCAACCAACGCUGUUGUUGUAUGGAACAAUAAGCCUUUAGUGGAAUUAGUCCGGUCUUUCUCUCAGUACCAGGAACCCAAAUCGACUGUUGUGAUAACCGAGAUCACUGAUGAAGAAGAAAACGAAAUUAACAACAGAGAUGUAAUGUGUGUUGAAGAAAAUAAUUGUAUCGCCGUUGAAGAUGUUAACAUGGAGCUCUGA